AUGUGGCUGUUCCUGACCAUUGCUUAUUUACUGUGCAUCGGGGAAAAGUCGGAUGCAAACCCCGAGGUCUCCAUGGAUGUUGGUGAAAUCGUCCGCUACCACGGGUACCCCUACGAGGAGCACGAGGUGCUGACGGAUGAUGGCUACUACCUGGCCCUGCAGAGGAUUCCUCACGGCAGGGGCAACCCAGGCAGCAUGAGCAUCUCCCAUCAAGCAGAGGCACGGGGCUCCAGCAUGUUCUGUCCCCCUCCAAAGGCUGUGGUCCUCCUCCAGCACGGGCUGGUGUUGGAGGGAAGCACCUGGGUUACCAACUUGCCCAACAGCAGCCUGGGCUUCAUCCUGGCCGACGCCGGCUACGACGUGUGGAUCGGGAACAGCCGGGGGAACAGCUGGUCACGGAAACACAGAGAGUUUGACUUUCACCACCAGGAAUACUCAGCUUACAGCUUCCACGAGAUGGCCAUGUAUGACCUCCCAGCCACCAUCAACUACAUCCUGCAGAAAACCGGGCAGGAGCAGCUGUACUACGUGGCUUACUCUCAAGGCACCACCACAGGUUUCAUCACCUUUUCAUCCAUUCCUGAGCUGGAUCGCAAAAUCAAGAUGUUUUUUGCCUUGGCUCCCACCACUGUGAAUUCCAACACGAAGUCACCCUUGGUGAAGGUGUUUCACCUUCCCGAGGCGCUGUUUAAGCUCAUUUUAGGCCACACGGUGGUCUUUGAUAAGGGCCAUAUCUUGAAGCAAGUGGUCUCUGCUGUGUGCACCUACCCCAUCUUUAGGAGUGUUUGCCCCUUGGUCCUUUACUUGCCCGGUGGCUUUACCAGCAGUUAUGAUGUGAGCCGCAUGGACGUGUACAUGUCUCGCUACCCUGACUCAACAUCCCUAAAAAACAUGCUCCACUGGCGCCAGCUCUAUCAAACAGGGGAAUUCAAGUAUUAUGAUUAUGGCAGUGACAACAUGCUCCAUUACAACCAGACCUCCCCUCCCUUCUAUGAGCUGGAGAAGAUGAAGGCCCCGCUGGCCGCGUGGUACGGGGGCAGGGACUGGAUUUCAGCCCCUGAGGAUGUGAACAUCACCCUGCCCCGCAUAACCAACCUGGCCUACAAAAAGUACAUCCCCGACUUCGUCCACUUCGACUUCCUUUGGGGCAAGCAAGUGUAUGAACAAGUCUACAAAGAAAUGCUGGAUCUCAUGGAGAAGAGCUCCUAGAGCUGGAGCAGUGGCCACUGGGAGCUUCUCAAUGACUUCUGGGGCUUCUUUGGUUUGGAGGGGGGAAAAAAAAAAUGAAGAAACAAAAGAGGGAAAAGGCUCAGUAAACUGCUACACUUGGUUUGGAUUGACAUUACUGUGGCAAGAGGGGAAAACAAGCCAAUGCCAUGAUCAGGAGAGCACGCUGGCUUUAGGUUCAAUAGGCUGAGGUCCUUCAGAAGUUGGGCACGGCCCUUAAACCCUGAGUCUCCUGGGUGCCUCACUCAUGGGGGUUUCCAGCAGCCACAAACUGCAGUGGAAUUGGGCUCCUGGUGGCCUCCUCACGCUCGUGUUCCCAGCUGCCAACCCCUGGACAGAAGCUCGGUGCCUCCUGGACUCUGGUGUUUCCCGGGAGUGGGUCUGCUGGGAUGGACCCACGGGGUGGGUCGAGCGGUGGAUCCUCCAGGAGUUGCUUUAUUCACCUUCUGGUGACUCUUCCACGCCGAGGACCCCAACAUCCUCACAUUCUUUGCUUCACUUCACAGUCAGAAGGAGAUGGAAGCUCUCUGCCUGCCCACAGCAAAGAGCUCUCAUGGGUUUUUCCAUCAGAACUGUCCAUUUUGCUAACAUAGGAAAGGUCUUUCUCAGGAUCCUGUUGAUUUGGAUAACACCGGCCUUGCUCAUACACAAAAGAGUUUUCAAUCAGUUCGACCAGGAAACACCAUUUUAAGCACUUCUAAGGCACAAACCCAGCUGGAAAGGCCACCUUUUGAUGCCUCUCAGGGAACACUGUUGUUUUCCUUACGUGGGAGAGAGAAGAGGAGUCUGGUGGAAGCCAGUAAUGAGUCUAAAUCUGUUUUCAGCCUCUGGAUUAAGUUCUUAAUAAUACAUUGAUCAGGGGAGGAACUGUGAAUUUACCUGUUUGUGUUACUUUAUUCACAAAAUAUGCCUGGGAGCAAGCAGGGCAAAGGAUAAGGUCCUCUUUCCACAAAUAAUAAUAAU